CAUUACAUAUUUUCGCGAAACAAUUAUGUAGAUCCCUAGUUUCUUAUAUACUAGCAUCCUAAUGGUAUAGUUAUAAGCGGAUAAGCCUGAAGCUAGUAAAAGUCCCUCGGUGCCAAUAUUAUAAAAGACGUAACGGAAUUGUGUAGACAAUGUAUCCUUUUAUCGUGUUAUCGCAUACCUUAUAAUGUCAAAGACUUACAAUGAUUAUAUAUAAACACAGUUUUAUGACAGUCUUGCUAGUCUUGUAAGUUACAUUCAUUGCCGUGCACAGAUCGAAAGAUUUUCAUGUUUUUGACUUUGUAGACAUACUGUCAGGUCGACAAAGAAUUAGUGAAAAGAAGUCUCUUCUUAUUCCGGUAUUUACUGAUUUUCAUGGCACCCAGGGAGCUGAAGAUGGUUGCCGUUGGAGAGGGCUCGUGUGGCAAGACCUGUCUUCUCGUGGGCUUCGCGCGAAAUGAAUUCCCGCGGGAUUACGUGCAUACUAUAUUCAACACGUACACAACACAAAUGACGCUUAAUAAACAAAGUUUAAAACUUUCUUUAUGGGAUACUGCUGGAAAUCCUGAUUAUGAUCGCAUUCGCCCGAUGGCAUAUCCCGAGACUGAUGUAUUCCUAUUGUGCUUCGCCUUAGACUGCCCGGAUAGUUUCAUUAAUAUACGAGAUAAAUGGAUCCCGGAAAUAAGACACUUCUGUCCCAAAACGCCGGUAAUACUAGUUGGUACGAAAAAGGAUCUUCAGUGCAAUAAAUAUUCAAGUGCAAUGACGGUCUCAACCAUCCAGGGACUUGAACAAACGUCGUCAGAGAACGGCAGACAUUUGGCCAAACAACUUGCAGUUUAUGACUAUUUAGAGUGUUCCGCAAGGACAAUGGCAGGCAUGCGCGAGGUUUUCGAAACCGCUGUACAAGCGGCACAGUAUUCAGCAAAAAAAAGGAAACAAGAACGAAAGCGAAGACAGCGAUGUACUAUUCUUUGAACUAAAUUUGAAAUAAUCUUAAA